AUCAUCUCUGUCGCUUCUUGCUCGGCCCAUUUUCGUUUUUCUUUUUCCAAUUUCCGAGAGAAAACUCGAGAAUGGCGAUCGAAAUCGAUUUUCCCCUUUAUUUUUGACUAGAUCACUUCGAAUUCGUGCUUGUUCUCGAUCGAAUUAUUCGGCGAGUGUCGAUCGGUUUCGUGUUUGCGUUUUUGGUGUUUGGGAUGGCUGCGGUCGCGGAGCAGGCGAUCGGGUCCUCCGAUCAGUUCAUCCGCCGAGAGACAGAGGCGCCGGCGGAAUACGAGAGAGAAGCACGGACUGAGCUCGUCCAUUUACUUUCCAAAUUGAACCCGGCCGCCGAGGAAUUCUUCCCUUCGAAUUACACUGCCUGCGGCGGUCAGAAUCCCGAAGGCCGGCUUUCCGCCGAUGCGCCCGUUUUUGUGGCGGCGAGUGGCUUUAACGGAGACGGGCCGACUAGCAAUGGCGGCAGUAGUAGGGACUCGAGCAGUGAUUGCUCGUCUAAUAAUCAGCCGAAUCGCCGAAGGAGGAAUAAUUAUGAUGAGGGGCGGAUGAAGAUGAAUAACAGAGCUCGAAGAGCUGCGAGGGAGGAUAGCAUUAAUCGUACUGUUUAUGUCUCCGACAUUGAUCAUCAAGUGACUGAACAGAAGCUUGCUGAAAUAUUUUCUAUCUACGGCCAGGUAGUUGAUUGUCGUAUUUGUGGUGAUCCCCAUUCUCUUCUUCACUUUGCCUUUAUAGAGUUUUCAGAUGAGUAUGGUGCAAGGGCAGCUUUGAGCCUUGGUGGCCCUCUUCUUGGUUACUGCCCAAUGAAAGUCUUACCUUCAAAGACAGCAAUCAUACCCGUGAAUCCAAAGUUUCUUCCUAAGUCUGAGGGUGAAAAGGAAAUGGUCAUCCGAACUGUGUACUGUACAAACAUUGACAAAAAGAUAACUCAAACGGAUGUAAAAGCCUUCUUUGAACAACAUUGUGGUGAGGUUUCUCGUUUGAGACUCCUUGGUGAUAAUAUCCACUCAACUCGAAUUGCAUUUGUUGAAUUUGCUCAGGCAGAAAGUGCAAUGCUAGCUUUGAACCAGAGUGGCAUGGUUCUAGGAACUUUGCCUAUCAGGGUGAGUCCUUCAAAGACACCAGUGAGGCUGCGCAUUCCACGAUCUUCCUCAAAUUGAGUUGAGUUGCAUAUUCGGAGUUGGAUCAUUGUUUAAAUUGAAUGGGAUUUUGUUCUACUGCCACCUCCUUCCUUUGGUUUGUUUUCUUUUGGCCAUAAGAGCUAAAAAAAAUUUAGUAGGCGUCAGAUUAGUAGCUAAACAUAUCUAUUUAAAUAGAGUUAGGUAACGUUUUCUUCUGUUGGAACAUAUUAAGUUGACCUUCAUAUAUUAUCACCAUCUUUGGUUGUCUCCUUGAGAAUGAUAAUUUAUUCUAUUCUAAUUUCCUAGAAAAUAAAUUUGUAUAAUGGUUUUAGUAUCAA